CAAACCCCCUGGGAUGUGUUGGUUUAUUACGCAGAGGAGCUCAUUCUAAGAGCGCCCCUACAGGCUCAACCAAACCCAGACUUCUAUACAUCUGACUGGAUCCUUCGGAAGCUAUGCAUUCCCAACAUCAUGGCUGAGUCCGUGCCCAGCAGGCCACUGGACUACUACACUCGUGCCUUUCGCAAGUCAAAGAUGGAGAAGUUCCUUGGCUUUGAGGACCAUGACACCUACUUCACUAACAGACAGAGACACCGUAUAGUGUAUAAGCUUCUGGCAAGUACGGUGUAUGGCAAGAGGAAGAGCGCGGAGGUGGGCGUGGCUCUACUGCUCAACGAGGGGGCAUACACUGCAGCGUUUCCCUUGCAUGAGUGCCCCUUUGAGCUGCCAGAGUAUGAGGUGUGUCCAGAUGAGCUCAACCAGAGGCAGGUCUUGUUCCAGUAUUGGUCUAAGUGGUACAAGUACCACCCACUGGACCACAUCAGAGAAUACUUUGGAGAGAAGAUACCCUUUUACUUUGUCUGGCUGGGCUUCUACACAGCCUGGCUGCUCCCAGCGGUGAUGGUGGGGACCUUUGUCUUUGUGUCAGGAGUCAUGUCCAAGGGCACCAACACUCCUUUGCGUGUGGUGAUGAUCUUCCUGGUGACAGUGAUCAUGUACCGUGGGAUAGUGAGUGUGAUGAUGUACCGCACAGGCGGCGUUGUGCUGCACACUCAGGCAGGGAACAUUGCCAAUAUCUCCAGCAGUUUGGUGAAUCUGGCCCUGAUUCUGCUGAUGGCGCAGGUUUAUACUGCGUUGGGACUGCAGCUCACUAAAUGGGAGAUGCACAGAACAUAGACCCAGUAUGAAGACGCGUUUACCUUCAAGGUGUUUGUGUUCCAGUUUGUCAACUUCUACUCCUCUCCCUUCUAUGUGGCAUUUUUCCAAGGGAAGUUUGUGGGUUAUCCUGGACACUAUGGUACCUUGCUUGGUAUGAGAAAUGAAGAGUGUGGUCCAGGGGGUUGUCUCAUUGAACUGGCUGAGCAGCUCUUCAUCAUCAUGGUGGGGAAACAUAAGGUGAAGGCAUGGCAACAGAAGAGGGCGCUGAAUAAAGUGUGCGGAACGCAGGCAUCCCAGGAGCCUCGGCGGUGGGAGGAGGACUAUCAACUGGUGGAGUUGCUCCAGUUUGGCUUCAUCACCAUCUUUGUGACGGCGUUCCUCCUGGCGCCGCUCUUUGCCCUGCUCAACAACUGGGCCGAGAUGCGCCUGGACGCCCACAAGUUUGUGUGCGAGUACAGGAGGCCCGUGGCUGAGCGUGCGCAGAACAUCGGCGUGUGGUUCAACAUCCUGGAGGCCUUGUCGCACCUCUCCGUCAUCAUCAUUAUCCGUCAUCAUCAUUCUGCUUUCUUGAUUGCCUUCACACCAGGUUUCUUACCACGACUGCUUUACCAGUACAAUGACAACAAUCUGAACGGAUAUGUUAAUUUCACUCUGGCCUAUGCUCCGCCCAGCUACACCAGCCAUCCCAUGUGCAGAUAUAAAGCCUUUAGGGACAGCAAUGGAAAUUACACUCUGGUUUACUGGGAACUCCUGGCUGUAAGGUUAGGCUUCAUCAUCGCUUUCGAGCUUGUAGUGUUUUUCUUCCUGCAAGCGAUAGACUGGAUGGUGCCGGAUGUCCCUGAGUCUCUGGAGCUGAAGAUGAAGAGAGAGCGCUACUUGGCUAAGCAGGCCCUGGCUGACAAUCAGGAGGCCCUGUUGGUGAGUCAGCGUGCCCCGGCCUCCAGCCCAGUGAAUCCCAUGAUUCCCAUGCCAGAGUGA